AUGGAUGAAAGCUCCGCACCAGCCUGUUACGCAUACCACGUCAUCUACGACAGAAUAGUCCUCACGCAACACGGCUGCGCAGCCAGCGGCUUUACCAGUACCGCAUACCACAGCCUGGACAUGAGUCUAUCGAGCAGCGCCCCAGAAAAGGAGACAGUCUACGCUACCGUCACCAAGGAACCAGUCAGCUCGCCUACGUCCCAGUCCGACUCUGCCUCUUCAUCCAACUCCUCAAAACCCAGUCUAGGCGCUAUAGUAGGCGGCACUAUCGGCGCCUGUCUCUUCCUCUCUUUCAUCGGCUUCGUCGUUUUCCUCGCUUGGCGGAGGCGUAGGACCGAAGCGAGGAAUACCGCACACUCUACUGGCUCGUUUCAUCAAAGGGAUAGCAGGGGUAUGGUCGAGUAUAACGCCAUGGGCUUUCCUUCCCCGGGGUUCUCCUCGCAGGGCUUGUCGUCGCCGAGAAGCCCGAGUAGCGAGGUCGAUAAAGUGUGGCAGCAGCGGGGCUCGGGUGGAGAGUGGCCGGGGAUGGGGAGGGGCAGGCAGAUUGAGAUUGUGGAGGUGGAUGGGACGAGUAGGGCUGUCGAGGCGCCUACUGCUGAGAAGUAA